AUGGAGAAAUUAAAGAGAGCUCGCACUGUUGUCCGUAUUGCGUUCACGCGUAAUUUAGGUUUAUUGAACGCAGCAGCAUUAAAUGAAAGUCCAGACACGCGAGAGUUACAGGUACGUUUCGAAAUGGUGAGUGAUAAGUAUAGAGAACUCGAGGAAAUGAACCGAAAAAUGUUGGAGGUUAUGCUCGAUGCCGAUACGACAGAGGAACAACUCACACAAGAAACUGAGAUAGCCGAUGAGUACAAGAUGAGAUAUCAUCAGGCGAAAGCCUUGCUAGAUGUUAUCCUCGGCCGUCUCCAACCAUCAGAUACUCAGAAUACCAGACAGACAACACAAGCUUCCAGGGACAAUGUGCGCGUAUACAAGCUACCAAAGAUACAACUGCCACAUUUUAAUGGAGAGCUCAAAGAUUGGCUAAAAUUUUGGACGUUAUUCAAGAAUAUACACGAAGAUCCAAAUAUUACGAAAGAAGAUAAAUUCCAGUACUUAAUACAAGCAAUAACAGAAGGUACCAGAGCGAGUGAGCUAGUCAAUAGUUUCCCACCGACUGCUGCCAACUACGAUAAGGUAAUUGAGAGUCUCAAGAGUCGUUUUGGCAGAGAAGAUUUACUCAUCGAAGUUUAUGUACGCGAGAUACUUAAAUUAGUAUUAAGCAAAGCAAAGAUAAGUACACAUACAUCAUUAUCUCAAAUUUAUGACAGACCAGAAACUCAUUUACGUGCCUUAGAGUCAUUGGGGGUUACGACGGAUAUGUGUGCGGCCAUGUUAUAUCCACUGGUAGAAUCAUCGUUACCCGAAGAUCUCCUACGCGUGUGGCAAAGGAAUCCUAAGGCUAUUGCAUCCUCUACGUCGAAACAACGAUUGGAUGAGCUGAUGCUUUUUCUCCAAGUAGAGGUACUAAGCGAUUAA